UGGCCAAUGAAACGUAGCCGAGCAAUGAGGACGAAGGUCUGAGGGUUACUGCGAGGGCAUUCGCCAAUCACCAGUCUGGCGGCGUAGUAGUAGCGGUUGGUUUGCGGCUGGCAGCGUCACUGUCUUACCUGUCAUAACCACAUAACGUUUUAAGUCAUAAUAGAUGUGCCCGCUGCAGGGUGCAGCAGGUUACAUCACCAUGGGAUUGUGGACACUUGGCAUGGGGGCUAUUGGAGCAGCAGUUGCUGGGAUUAUCUUGGCCAACACUGAUCUGUUAUUGUCAAAAUCUGAAACCGCAAGCUUAGAGUAUCUAGAAGAGGCAGAUUUAAAAACUGUAGAUGAUGAAGGAAGAAGUUUCAAAGCUAAGGAGCUGUGGCAGAAAAAUGGAGCAGUCAUCAUGGCCGUGAGAAGACCUGGAUGAUUUUUAUGUAGAGAGGAAGCCUCUGAGCUGUCCUCUCUGAAGCCUACACUGGACCAGCUUGGUGUUCCUCUGUACGCUGUUGUGAAAGAGGUGGUUGGGACAGAAGUCAGGGAUUUCCAACCAUAUUUUAAAGGAGAUAUCUUCCUGGAUGAAAAAAAAUAUUUUUAUGGUCCUCACAAGCGCAAGAUGGGCUUUUUGGGACUCCUGCGAUUGUCAGUUUUACAGAACUUUUUUCGAGCCUGGCAAAAAGGCUUCCAAGGCAACAUGGAUGGAGAGGGGUUCAUUCUUGGUGGGGUUUUUGUAAUAGGAUCAGGGAAACAAGGCAUUCUUCUAGAACAUCGUGAGAAGGAAUUUGGAGACAAAGUAAAUAUCACAUUGGUCACUGAAGCUGCUAGAAUGGUUGAAGCCCAAAACUAAAAUAAAGUACACAGUAUUGGUCAUUAUAAAAUGUAAAAAAUUGUUCCCGGGGGGGGGGGGGGGAUGUUGAACCUUAGUAUCAUUGUUCCCUUUGUGCUUAGCUGAGGUACUAAAGUCUGUUUAUAUAUAAAAAUAGGACCUAAUCAAUGUGCCCAUUGUGUACAUGUCUUUCCAUAUUAGGGAGCCUCUUUUUCAACUAGUACAUUGUACUUCUCCAGCAAUAAUCGUAAUGGGUAACAUUGUGUAUGAUCAGUAGCUGAAAAACAACUCGCUGUUCUAAAAAUAUUGUUGUUAUUUCUUUUUUAUAGGUUAAUGUAAUUUUACUAAAGUUAUAUUUCAGGAAAUGGUCUAUAAUUUGAAAAAAAUCUUAUUUAUUUUUAACACCAACUCAGUUAAAUCGAAAUUUUAUUAGAAAUUUCUUUUAUAAUGAAUUUUUAGCAUGUCUAAUUUAUUGAAGUAGUAUCAUAUUGUCCUUGUAUUUGAAGUUUAUCACAGAAAACAAAAUUAAAUUAAUUUUUUGAAUGUAAUCUUGUAGAUAUACAAUUCUCUUUAGUGAUAAUGGUUUAUAUUGCCAUAAUAUUACUUAGCAGUGUUAUUGAUUUAAUAUGGUAAUACACUAAUUCACUUUUGCAUGUCUUCAAUAGUAAUAACAGAAAAGAUGAUUGUAUUUUUGCAACAUAGACAAUUACAUGAUUACUCAUAUGUAUCCAAUGAUUUAAUUUUUAGUAUCCCUUUUUUUCCUUUGUUAAUGUUUUGAAGUCCUCUCAAGAAUGCUUAAAUGCCCUGAUAUCUGGUGUGUAUCAUAAUCUAGUGCUGUGUUGAUGAAAGCCUGUGUUUUAAAAUGACAGAGCACAGACUUGAUGUUUACAGUGACAGAUCUGGACACACAAGCAUAUCAGGCUACCUUAUACUGUAGUUGUAACAUGCAAUAAAACCUUUUGAAGUC